AUGGAACCCAUAACAUCGAUUGCCACGAACACUCAAUUAAAUUUUCUACUACCUCAAGGUUCUAUUGGACUACAUGACAAGCGGAUACGAAGGAUAGAUCCUCAAGGAUGUCUUUAUUGGAUCACACAACGAGCAAAAUACAAAUGGAUAAAGGCUGAAGAUCGAAGCAAAGGCAUACGAUUUGGCAAACUUCCACGCUGGCGGGUUCAUCCACGAGCUAUCACCGUUGCGCGGAUGAGUAGCAACAACCACAGCCAACUGCCGUCUGCUGCGGUCUCUUCAUCGGCGCCGUCUUCAGCUACAGCGUUAUGUGGUCCAAAUGGCUCCUCCAGCAGCGCUGGUGAACGAAGCGAUCGAAGUGGUAGUCGUUCUGGAUCUCCACCAUCCCAGUUCAUGGGUCCCACGCCACCAAAUCACGGAGUAGCAGCUCCUCACCAAAAGAAUCUUGCGAGGGUGCAAGCAACUGCACCUCCAGUAGUAACGUGCUCACCAUCCUCGCUAUCCACACAGAGUGUUGCUCCUCAGAUUGCUACAAUCGGCGCAAGUGAACAUACGGAUAGCAGUGCGGAAGUCCUCUCAGUAUUUGAAUGCCCAGUUUGUCUGGAGUAUAUGCUGCCGCCAUAUCUGCAGUGUCAGGCAGGUCAUUUGGUUUGCGGGAAUUGUCGUCCCAAGCUUCAGUGUUGCCCAACGUGUAGAGGACCAACUCCAAGCGUACGAAAUCUUGGUCUUGAGAAAAUUGCAAACACCGUCCGUUUUCCUUGCAAAUUCGCUUCGUCCGGCUGUCCUCACGUAUUUUACCAUUUUGACAAGGUUGAGCAUGAAGAAAUCUGCGAAUGUCGCCCCUAUAGUUGUCCCUGUCCUGGCGCUGCAUGUAAAUGGCAGGGAGCUUUGAACGAUGUAAUGGAUCAUCUCAAGAAAGUGCAUAAAAGCAUAACCACCCUUCAAGGAGAAGAUAUAGUAUUUCUUGCUACGGAUAUCAAUCUACCCGGAGCUGUGGAUUGGGUCAUGAUGCAAAGCUGCUUUGGAUAUAAUUUCAUGCUCGUCUUAGAGAAACAGGAGAAGUUUGAUCAUGGGCAACAGGUUUUUUAUGCUGUUGUGCAACUUAUUGGAGCGAAGAAGGAAGCUGACAAUUUUAUGUAUCGAUUGGAACUAUCAACACAUCGUCGUCGCCUGUGCUGGGAAGCGACACCACGUUCAAUUCAUGAAGGAGUAGCACAUGCUAUCCAACUUUCAGACUGCUUGGCCUUCGACACACCAACAGCACAGUUGUUUGCGGAGAAUGGGAAUCUCGGAAUUAAUGUCACUAUCAGUAUGGUGUGAGACAUACGUCAGGUGGCGAUCUACCUUGCAGCACAGAAAUGUCUGCGUAUGAUAAUUGCAACUCAGUAUUUCGCUAUGCUUGCAGAUCUAUCUCCUUUUUUUGCAUGAGUACCUAGUAUAUUACCAUAUCGAGUUCAGAGAACUAUAUUUGUUGACUUUGAUUUCAACUUCACUGAUUUCAUGUUUCUUGUCCGCGUAGAAUGCUUCCGCUUCAUUAUUGUUAUACUCAAUCAUCAGUCCGCGUGGUGUAGUAACUUGAUGAGGCAAUCACAUCUCCAAGUUCGAUCGAUAAUUGUAAUUGGUUCCGAAUUGUCUAGAAAUGCCUUCCGAGUUGCAUCUUGAGGCAGCGUGCAAGUCGAUGUAACUAUUGUAGCUUCUUUUUUUGUGCGGGUCCUAUAGAGAAGAAGUAGUUUUUGUUUUUGGCAGUCAUCUGUCCUCAUGUUCUGGUUUUCAGUUACGCUUACAGUGACUUGGCUCCAACUUGUCGAAUAGUUGUUGACCAAGUUCCUUGCUGUUAUCCUCCUUGACUAAAGAUCAAAGCCUUUGUGAUCGCACCUAUAAUGAGUCGCUGUAUCUUUCAAGAGCAUUUUAUUUUGGCAGAUAAUUGCUGUAUUACUAGUAGUCUAACAUUUUGACUGUGCAAAUCAUGUCGUUGUGUUUAUUUUUUUGUUUGUGAAUACUGUUUUCGACAAGUCUUUUCAUGUUUUAUUUUCAUCGCCAAGGCGAACACAAACGAAUAGCGGUACCAACCUGAAUCUGCCACAGAGUGGAAAUUGAAUAGCAAACUGUAGGGCCUGCGUAGUCGCAAGAGUCGGUACCCGAAUCUUGAAAAGUACGGAUUGUUCAACUGGUUUGAGGCCAUGUAACAUCCGCGCGUGCAAUGGCCGCAAACUCAUCGACUUCGGCGUCCUGAAAGGGAUUGUUUCACUCGCGUGUGUUCACUGUAGCUGAGAACUGAGAAUGUGGAGAAAGGG